AUGGCAGGUGCAGUCGAAGACAGCGUCGCCGAGAUCCGCUCGUCGACGCUGCCGUCGCCUCACUUCGACCUCCUCACCGACAUCGCCUUCUCCCCGCUCGCCUCGCACCUCGCGACAGCUUCGCUCGACCACCACGUGCGCGUACAGCAUCCCUCGGGAGGAGUUAAUCCGACCUGGGACCAUGCGACGCGGGCGUGGAAGGCGCACGAUGGACCCGCUCUCUGUCUCGCUUGGGCAGAUCCCGAGUUUGGCACGGUGCUGGCGAGCGGCGGGGUUGACGGCGUCGUCAAGGUGUGGCGGGAAGACGAGCCGCCGCCUCGAGCAGGAGCAGGGACGGCGGCGAACGGACACCACCCUUUCCUCCCGUCGCCUCGACCACACGGCACACCAGGCCACCCACGCGCCCCUUCCGCUCCUCCCGCCGGUGCACAAUCAGGAUGGUCCCUGACAGCCCAGCUGACCGACUGUCGAGGGACGAUCCGCUCAGUCUCGUUCGCUGCCGCCCACUUUGGCCUCAAAGUCGCUGCCGUCUCGUCCGACUCGCAUCUCCGCAUCUGGGAAUGCCUCGACCCGACGCUCGCAUUACGAGAUUGGACGCUGCGAGAAGACGUGGACCUCGCCGUCCUCGGACUCGGACCGAGUGUGGGCAGUUCGGCGGGCGCAGGACAAGGCGGAAAUGCGGUGGCUUCGGCAGGCCAGUCAGAUGGCGCCGUACCCUUCCCUUCGACCUCAUCUUCCGUCGGCUCCGGCGGGAAUCCCUCGUCGUCCGGCUUUCCCACCAUUUCCUCUGCCGCCUCCUCGUCUUCCGUUUCUGUCGACGGCCGAGGCGGGUUCAGCGCGGUCAGCGGGGCAGGGAAUGCGCGAGCAGGAGGAACGGUCGAGAGCGACGGCGGAUGGAGCGUGAGCUGGUUCACGGAGCAUUGGUGGGGCGAGCGGUUAGCGGUUACGAGCGGGACGAACGGCGUGAUCCGGCUCUUCCACUUCCCCUCCGGUCGACCUUGGUCCAACUUCCUUAACCUCCUUCCCUCUCGCCUCGCUCUCUCACAGCCCAUCACCUCAUCCUCUCCCUUCCCUCACGGCACUUCCACCCCAACCGACGAGUCGCUCCACGCGAACCCAAACUCGUCCGCCUUCUCCCACACGUCCUCAUCCUCCGCCUCCGCGUCCGACUACCUCCUCCCAUCCGGCUCGUCCGCCUCCGCAACACCAACAGCAGCGACGCACACACCGCCAGUCAGCUCCCUCGCCUUUGCCCCUCCAAGCGGUCGAAGCUUUCUUCUCCUCGCUUCUGGUUCACGAGACGGCCGCGCACGAGUCUGGCGCAUUGCGCCUCCGCCUCUUGAGCUCGCCAAUGCCGGAGGAGGGGACGCCGAUUCUCCCGACGGCGAAUGGAGCGCACGGUUGGAAGUCGAGCUAGAUUCGAGCGCGACCUUGGGCGGAGGAGCGGGAGGAGAAGCGGUGAAGAAGCAGGGGAGCGGGUUGGCGGGCGGGUCGAGUCCUGCGCUUGCUGUUGGGCUCGGAGGGGCGAUGAGCUCGUGCAGAGUCGCGUGGAAUGUGUUGGGGACGGUGUUGAGCACGAGCGGUGGGGAGGAUGGGAAGGUCAGGGUUUGGAAGCCGACGUACACGGGUCAAUGGCGGCUACUUGCGGUUCUCGGGACAGAGGACACGCCUGACGACGGACGGGAUGGGCAGUAG